AUGGUGGCAGCCUCUGAAGGGGCAAAACCAAAGCUGCAAGAGCAGGCUUCCCAGCCGAAGAAAAAACGUGAUACUGUGGAGAAAAAAGAGGACAUCUUGGAACCAUACAAGCUUAUUGAAAAAUUACAAGCAGAAGUGAAAACAUCUCAAGAGCAACUUAAAGCUAUAGAUUUCCAUUCUUCCAGACCUCAAAAACAUGCCUUUGCUUUACUGUUCAAGGAAAGUCAUAAAUGGCCAAUAGCAAUUGCUUUCCUCUCAACAGGCAACCUUGGUCAAGUUCUAAACAGAGAAAAAGAGGAAAAGAGCAAGGUAAUAGGAAUUUACCUCCAAGCUAAAAGUCUUCCUAUACGUUUAGUAAUCACUGGGGAGUUCCUAGUUACCAAGGAGAUCAUAACAGGCUCCAUUAGAGUCAAGUACAACACUUGUGUUGCCUGGCUAGAGAAUGCCAGAAAGAAACUGAAGUAUAAGCUGAUGAAAAAACGCCACAGUGAAUCCUUGACAGAAAAACAGGAGGCUGCUUUGAAAAUUCUGGAACUUAAUCAGAAGAUAGACAAUCUCUCUGCAAUGCUAGCCCCUAGAGGUGGAUGUACUUUUAAUGAUCUGCCACCUGUGGAUGAAGUUGACAGAAAAUUCAGCCUGAUUUUGGAAUUGUCAGCCAAGGUCUCUGCUCAAUCGGAAAGGAUCAUUCACUUGGAAUCCGUUUUAGAGGAAAAAGAAAAGAAGAUUCAGCAACUGGAAGCUAACCUGAAGUUGCCAACUUUCCAAAUGCUGGAGCCCAUUACUUUCCAAGAGCGGGAGGCUCUUACAUUCCAAGAGCUGCCUCCCCUAACUUAUAAAGAGCUGGAGCCCCCAACAAUGCAAGAGCCUGAGAAACUUCCGGAAUGCACAGAAUCUCAGGAUUCUCUCGCGGAGGAUCCUGAUGUAAAACUGCCACAGAAGGAGAUAGAGGAGAGGGAGAAGUAUGGCAGACUGUGCAAAGACAGACACGAAUCCAGUGGCUUCUUCAUCCGGACAUCAGACCCAGAUUCUGAUGAAGAUGAGGACUAUGAGCAAGAGAGGAGGAAAAGAAGCCUGGACGGAGCUGCCAUCGCGACCCCCACAUCACUGGUGGAGAAGGACAAAGAGCUGCCCCGAGACUUCCCCCAAGAGGAGGAGUCCCAGCUGCGUCCACAGUCCUCCAAAGCUUCCAUUCCUCCACCUAUGUACGAGGAGCAGGACCGGCCCAGGUCCCCUCCUGGGCCCGGGAACUCCUUUCUUGCCAACAUGGGUGGCACAAUCACACAUAAAAUCAUGCUGAAGUAUGCUUCCAGGAGGGCCAGGGGCUUAGCAAGCACGAGCAGGGCUUGGCAAGCACUGGGCACAGUGCUGUCGGUGGACAAGAUGAGUAAGCAAGGAGGCAAGAUCAUCAUGGGGGACGCCACGGGAAAAGGAUUCGCUUCCAAGAAGUCAGACUCAAACCCACUGACCGAAAUCCUUAAGUGCCCUACCAAGGUGGUCCUGCUCAGGAACACGGUUGGUGCAGGAGAGGUAGAUGAAGACUUAGAAGUUGAAACCAAGGAAAAAAACUGCCAAACUAAAGAGCUGCAAAAUAUGAGAUGCGUGCUGAAAUUGAGUAAUGCACUCUCAAUAAUUGAUAAAACAACUUCACAAAAAAUCAGCAAGGAUGUAGAAGAACAGCAAUACUAA